GAGCCUCCACACCAGAUCCCAGCAGACAGACUGACUUCCUCCCCACACGGGGCUGGGCGGGGCCACCCGGAAGCGGCCGGCUGUAGCCGAGGUGACACAGCUCUGCCCCGCCAGCUCCAGCAGCAUCUGGGUCAGCAGGCAACGGCGGUACAGGCCACCCUUCCCCAGGGCCUCAGAAUGGACCUGUGCCACCCAGACCCAGCGGAGCUGAGCAGUGGGGAGACAGAGGAGCUGCAGCGGAUCAAGUGGCACCGGAAGCAGCUUCUGGAAGACAUCCAGAAGCUGAAAGAUGAGAUCGCAGAUGUGUUUGCCCAGAUUGACUGCUUCGAGACCGCGGAGGAGAGCCGGUUAGCACAGAAGGAGAAGGAGCUAUGCAUCGGGCGUAAGAAGUUCAAUAUGGACCCCAUGAAGGGCAUCCAGUAUCUCACUGAGCACAAAUUGCUGGACCCCAACGUCCAGGACAUCGCCCAGUUCCUGUACAAGGGGGAGGGCCUCAACAAGACGGCCAUUGGCACCUACCUGGGGGAGAGGGAUCCCUUCAACCUGCAGGUCCUCCACGCCUUCGUGGACUGCCACGAAUUUGCCAACCUCAACCUCGUGCAGGCCCUCAGACAGUUCCUGUGGAGCUUCCGGCUGCCAGGCGAGGCCCAGAAGAUCGACCGGAUGAUGGAGACGUUUGCCACCCGAUACUGCCUCUGCAAUCCAGGCGUCUUCCAGUCCACAGACACCUGCUACGUCCUGUCCUUCUCCAUCAUCAUGCUCAACACCAGCCUCCACAACCCCAAUGUCCGGGACAGGCCGCCCUUCGAGCGCUUUGUGUCCAUGAACCGCGGUAUCAAUGGCGGCGGUGACCUGCCUGAGGAGCAGCUGCGGAACCUCUUCGACAGUAUCAAGAGCGAACCUUUCUCCAUCCCGGAGGACGACGGCAAUGACCUCACUCAUACCUUCUUCAACCCCGACCGCGAGGGCUGGCUGCUCAAACUGGGGGGCCGCGUGAAGACGUGGAAACGCCGCUGGUUCAUCCUGACCGACAACUGUCUCUACUACUUUGAAUUCACCACUGACAAGGAGCCACGGGGAAUCAUACCUCUGGAGAACCUCUCCGUGCAGAAGGUGGACGACCCCAAGAAGCCAUUCUGCCUGGAGCUGUACAACCCCAGCUGCCGGGGCCAGAAGAUCAAGGCAUGUAAGACGGACGGUGAGGGCAAGGUGGUGGAGGGCAAGCACGAGUCUUAUCGCAUCUCUGCGUCCAGCGCCGACGAGCGCGACCAAUGGAUUGAGGCCAUCCGAGCCAGCAUCACCCGCGUCCCCUUCUAUGACCUGGUCUCUGCUCGGAAGAAGAAGAUUGCCAACAAGCACUGAGCUUCCCGGGAGGUGG